AUGACUAAAAUGGACCACAAAAUUGUAAAAACUUCGUAUGACGGCGAUGCGGUGAGUGUGGAGUGGGAUGGGGGUGCACUGGCCAAGUUUGACAACAUUUGGUUGAGGGACAAUUGCCAUUGUUCCGAGUGCUACUAUGACGCUACCAAACAGAGAUUACUCAAUUCCUGUUCUAUUCCCGAUGAUAUUGCGCCAAUUAAAGUGGAUAGUAGUCCUACCAAGCUAAAGAUCGUGUGGAACCACGAAGAGCACCAGAGCGAGUACGAGUGUCGCUGGUUGGUGAUCCAUUCAUAUAAUCCUCGGCAGAUUCCAGUGACUGAAAAAGUUAGUGGAGAACGAGAGAUUUUGGCCCGUGAGUAUUGGACGGUCAAGGAUAUGGAGGGUAGAUUGCCCAGCGUUGAUUUCAAGACGGUAAUGGCUUCUACGGACGAGAAUGAGGAACCUAUAAAAGAUUGGUGUUUGAAAAUAUGGAAGCAUGGGUUCUGUUUCAUCGAUAAUGUUCCUGUGGAUCCACAAGAAACCGAGAAAUUGUGUGAAAAGUUGAUGUACAUUCGUCCUACUCACUAUGGUGGUUUCUGGGAUUUUACCAGUGACUUGUCAAAGAACGAUACCGCAUACACCAAUAUCGAUAUUUCGUCGCACACCGAUGGAACUUAUUGGUCUGAUACUCCUGGAUUGCAAUUAUUCCACCUUUUGAUGCACGAGGGCACUGGGGGCACCACGUCUCUUGUAGAUGCGUUCCAUUGUGCCGAAAUCUUGAAAAAAGAACAUCCGGAAAGUUUUGAACUUUUGACCCGAAUCCCGGUUCCGGCGCACUCAGCUGGAGAAGAAAAGGUGUGCAUUCAGCCUGAUAUUCCCCAGCCAAUAUUCAAGUUGGAUACCAAUGGCGAAUUGAUCCAGGUCAGGUGGAACCAGUCAGAUCGGUCCACCAUGGAUUCGUGGGAAAAUCCACUGGAAGUUGUCAAGUUUUACCGAGCCAUUAAGCAGUGGCAUAAGAUUAUCAGUGAUCCCGCCAACGAAUUGUUCUACCAAUUGCGUCCUGGUCAAUGCCUUAUUUUUGACAAUUGGAGAUGUUUUCACUCAAGAACCGAGUUCACCGGAAAGAGAAGAAUGUGUGGAGCCUAUAUCAAUCGUGAUGAUUUUGUUUCAAGGCUCAACUUGUUGAACAUUGGUCGCCAACCGGUCUUGGACGCUAUUUAG